AUGGCUUUGGCUGUAGAAAAUCCUAAAUCACACCUUAGGGAUUUCUUUGGCUUCAAAUCCCCAAUCUUCCACUCUGAAGCUGAUUAUUCACUAACUCCCGUCCCUUUUAAACCCUACUCUGAACCUUUGGAAACUCCCAUCUCAUGUGUAAGAAAUUUGAAUCGUUCUUCACCUUUAAAAUUGACAAACAUACUAAACCUGUUGGGAAAUGAUAUUUAUAAGACAGUUGACAUUAUAUUCUCAGAUCUUGUGACGGCCUUGACACUGAAAAGACUGGGAUAUUUUCCAACUCGCAACUACAGACUAUAUAAAGUCAUUUUAAAAUAUUUUGGGCCUUUUCAAUAUACGCCAUUGAGACUAAGAAAAUACUCUUAUUAUAGUAUUAGUUUUGAUUUGUCCAGCAAUUUUAAAGUUCGGAAAUGUUUCUUGAGAACUUCAAGAAUACGCUUUUUAAAUGUAUUAUAUAAACUCCUAAACUCCUGCCUUUAUAUUAAAAGGUCGAUUUUGGGAUUUAGCCUAUCAAUAAGAGACAUACAGAGUGUUAUUUACUAUACUACAGUUGAAGUAGUUGAUAGUCACAAAAGUAAGAAUUCACGUAAUCUCUCGGAUGUACAAUUAGAUAAAAGUAAUUGGGAUACAGUAGAAAUAUUAGAGUCCAACACAUCAUUUGGAUACGUCAGAUUGUGUAAUUUUAUAUCUAAAGUGUUGUUUAAAAACAAUAAAGAUUUGGGUACUUUAGUCUCAAGAGCCUCUACGUGGAGUAGAUUUGACACCAAAUACAUUAAGGAAACAUUAAUAGUAUUAUUAUUUAUUAAUAGUUUAAAAGUAAAAAAAUCUGUCAACAAAAUAUUUUCAGAUUUUAAAAAAGCGUUAAACUUUAACUUCAACUAUCAUUGGAACAUACUGGCGUCAGUUAACACCAAUGAUUUAAACAGAUUUUUACCCUACGUGACACUGUUCCACUCAAUUAUAAAUAAUGAAACUAGAACCUUUAAUCCUCCAAGUAGUGAUAAUUAUGAGUUAAUACAUAUUGGGUGUUUGAUACCAAAAAACUUAAUAUUGGAUGACAAAUAUAAUUUAGCUUAUGUAAGAUACGUUAUUUUAGUGGCCAAAUCAUUGUUGAAGGAUCCUUCAAUCUCAAACAUACUUUCCUUGAUUGAAUUAUUCGUUCAUUAUUUCAGUUACAGCACACUAAAAUUCGGAUUUCUAAAGUGCUCUAUUCCCUAUAAUUGCCUGAGGUGUACCUCAAUAUUUACAGAGGUCUACUGCGGAUUAAUAAACAUUUUAGAACGUAUGCGUCAACUAAGCUGCUAUUACCCACACCUGAAUUUGAUUAGAAUGCUGAUAAAAAAUGAGUUGAACAGGCUGAAAACAAGUUUCUUUGUCUCUUUUAUUGACGAGGAUAUUUCAGACUUUUUAAUAAACUACACCUUUAAAAAUAAUGUGAUUCCUGAUAUUUUGGAGAGGAACUUGGUAAGAAGCCACUAUUCUCCCAAGUACUCAAAGUACCUAAAGUACCUUUUCUGCUUCAGGCUUCUGAAGAAAUGUUUGGAUAACCGAACUGCAAUAUUUAUUAAGGAGAAUAUAUUAACAGCCUCCUCAAAGUGUUCUUGGUAUCUAAUGUUGCUUUUCUGUGUUGACAACCAUGUUAAGUCAGUGGAGCCCGCUAUGGCAAUUAAUAAAACACUUAGCAACAGUACAUACCGUCAUCUGGAACAUCUAAGUUAUAAACCACCGAGGAAUUACGGUUACAAAUUUGUUUACUGUGGAAAUAACAUGCUGAACGAUCAAUUUGAGAUUAUUUAUAAUUUGUAUGUUGGAAAACAAACAAUUCACCAGUACCUCGACGCCUUUGAUAUCAGCGAUAAACUGAACAUUAUCCAGAGAACACAGUCGUGUUUGGUUCUUUCUAAAAACUUGGAUUAUGUUGAAAUGGUACUCGAACAACUAGUUCAAGCACUUAUUAUUGACCCAGGAGACCGCAUACUUAACUUACUCUACAUAUCACUCAACGAUUAUAACGUCACUAGUAAAAUUUUUUACCACCUCUCAUGCCUAUUACACUCAAAUAUCAACAAUUCCACAAACCAUAAGAUUUUCACAUUCAUAAGGUUCAUAUUUAAUUUGUUGUCUGAAAAUGAUAGGAACAUAUACGGAAAUCAAAUUUUACUUCAUGGACAACUACUAAACCUCACGUAUUUUUUUACAUACUGGCCUUGUUACUUAUUUUCUAUAUACAUAUAUAAAUAUGAUCUUCCCCAGUUGAAGUUGGGUGAAUUACCCUUCUCGAAGAGGUACACUGAGUUAAGUAAGAAGAUUUUGGAGAUCAGCGACACCAUAAAUAAUCAACCAAACCUUUAUUUGUAUAAAGAUUCAUCAGAUAUUCUUUACAGCGGCAAUAAUGAAAUUCCUAUGUCAAGCAAUGAAGGAAGUUUAAUAGGUCAAGAUAGUUCUGUGCACUUUGAACCAAAUUCCAGAGGUUUUAAAUCAAUUGCAUCCCAAGAUAAAACAAAUAAUGGUCAGACCCAGUUCACUUUUGACCAUAAUCAUUUCAGUUGUACUUAUAGUAGGAGUUACAGUGAUGAGAGUAAACUCAAUUUCGAUUAUAGUGAUCAAGAUUUCGAUGAAUCUGUGAGAAUAGUGGGAAUAAAUUUAAACUCAGUUAAGAUUUUAAAUUCAGCCACCAGGGCACCCUUUAUGGUCAGCUAUAAGUUAAGUGAUGGGAGUGAAAGAACAUACAUUUAUAAGAUGAAAGAUGAUUUAAGGCAAGACUGUUUAGCAAUUCAGAUGAAGCAGUUUCUCCUUCAAAUAUUCUAUAAUCACGAGUUGUUUGUCUAUUUGAGGCCAUUUCUCGUUAUUCCCUACUCAGGAAUCCUGUUUGAAAUAUUUUCAGAUAGUAAAAUUAACGACAUUUCACUUAGUAACUACUACAACUCCAAGUUUUCAGAGAUUGGCGGAGUCGUGGGCUUUAUUCCUGACACAAUCAGCAGACAUCAUAUCGGGAAGGAAUUUGGCGUGCCCAUUAAAGACUUCUUCCUAAAGAGAUUCGGACACCAAUUCUCACCCAAUUACAUCAAAGCAGUUGACAAUUUCAUCACUUCACUCGCAGGCUAUGCUCUUCUCUCAUUUCUGCUUCAGGUAAAAGACAGACAUAACGGUAACUUGUUAUUCACAACUAGUGGACAUAUAAUUCACAUUGAUUUUGGGUUUAUUCUGGGUGCUUCACCCGCCAAGGACCUCCAGUUUGAACUCGCUCCAUUUAAGUUCACUCCCGAAAUGGUUGAUUUUAUGGGCGGUUCAAAAUCAGACAACUUUAAGCGGUUCAUUCACCUUCUGUUGAACUCUUACAUGGCCUUGAGGACUCACUCAAAUCUCAUUAUAACACUCGUCAAGCUCCUCCAGUACUCCAACAUACCAUGUUUCAGGAAAUCCACUCUCAUGAAGCUAAAGAGAAGGCUCCGUUUGAAUGACAGCCCCAAUGAGGCUAAGGAGUACAUUAUGCGUAAAAUCUACUACGCCUUGAACAGUAAAACCACUAAGCUUUACGACUACGUUCAAAGCUACCAGCAGGGAAUUGAGCACUGA